AUGUCUCGCCUCCUCCCUCGCCGCCGCCACCUCUCCUCCUCCAUCUCUACUGCCCCCCUCAGUGAACUCGCCUCCCUCCUCGCCGCCGGCCGCUUCCACCGCGCCGUCGACCUCGCCAAAUCCCUCCUCUCCUCCCAUCCCCCCGCCGUCAGCGUCCCCGACCUCUACCACGCCCUCGCUGCCACAGCCGACACCCAGGACGACCCGCGGGCGCGCCCCCAUUCCCUCCUCUGCGACGCGGCCUCCGCCCUCGUUGUCGCCUCCGCGCGUCUCUGCCAACCCGACGGCGCCCUCCGCCUGCUCUCCCUCCUCGCCAGCGCGGGCGACGGCGCCUGUGCCGGCGCGGUGCGCUCGCCGCUGCCGUCUCUAUCGUCCUGCAACCUCCUCCUCGAGUCCCUCCUAUCCGUAGGCCGCCACGCCGAUGUGCGCGCCGCGUUCGGCCUCCUCGUGGCGGCUGGUGCGCGCCCGGACACCUUCGCGUGGAACAAGGUCGUCCAGGCCUGCGUUGCGGCGGGCGACCUCGACGAGGCACUUGCCAUGCUGCGGCGGAUGGGCCGUAGCGAAGGCGCCCCUCCUCCCGACGCGUUCUCGUACAACGUGGUCAUCGCAGGGCUGUGGAGGUCCGGGAAGGGCAGCGACGCCCUCAAGCUGUUCGAUGAAAUGGUGGACAGGGGAGUCGCGCCUAACCAGAUCACCUACAACACGAUGAUUGAUGGGCAUGUCAAGGGUGGGGAUCUGGAGGCUGGUUUCAGACUGCGGGAUCAAAUGCUACAUGAGGGCCCGAAGCCAAAUGUAGUAACUUACAAUGUGCUGCUAUCAGGGCUGUGCCGUGCUGGCAGGAUGGAUGAGACAAGAGUCUUGAUGGAUGAGAUGGCAUCAUAUAGCAUGUUGCCGGAUGGUUUCACAUAUAGCAUAUUGUUUGAUGGUCUCACACGAACUGGAGAUUCACGGACCAUGCUUUCUUUGUUUGGAGAGUCUUUGAAGAAGGGUGUCAUGAUUGGAGCAUACACUUGCAGUAUCUUGCUGAAUGGUCUAUGCAAGGAUGGGAAGGUCGCAAAGGCAGAACAGGUGUUGGAGAUGUUGGUACACACAGGGCUGGUGCCAACAACAGCGAUCUACAACACUCUAAUAAAUGGCUAUUGUCAGGUUCGUGACCUCCAAGGGGCCUUCCCCAUCUUUGAGCAGAUGAAAUCACGUCAUAUUAGGCCAGAUCACAUCACCUACAAUGCACUCAUAAAUGGUUUGUGUAAGUUGGAAAUGAUCACUGAAGCAGAGGAUUUGGUGAUGGAGAUGGAGAAGAGCGGAGUGGAUCCGAGCGUGGAAACUUUCAAUACACUGAUUGACGCUUAUGGGAGGGCUGGGCAACUCGAAAAGUGUUUCACUGUUUUGUCUGAUAUGCAAGACAAGGGGAUAAAAUCAAAUGUUAUCUCUUUUGGUUCGGUUGUCAAGGCUUUUUGCAAGAAAGGAAAAAUCCCAGAAGCUGUAGCUAUCUUGGAUGAUAUGAUACACAAAGAUGUUGUACAAAAUGCACAGGUGUACAACUCAAUCAUUGAUGCUUAUAUAGAGUCAGGUGACACUGAGCAGGCUUUCCUUCUGGUUGAGAAGAUGAAAAAUAGUGGAGUAUCUGCAAGUAUAUUUACCUAUAAUUUGCUGCUAAAAGGUCUUUGCAAAAAUUCACAAAUAGAUGAAGCUGAAGAAUUGAUUUGCAACUUAACAAAUCAAGGGCUGAGACCUGACGUUGUUAGCUACAAUACUAUAAUAUCAGCAUGCUGCAACAAGGGCGAUACUGAUAGAGCAUUGGAGCUUCUCCAAGAAAUGCACAAGUAUGGCAUCAGACCUACACUGAGAACAUACCAUCCACUUCUUAAUGCAUUGGGUAGUGCAGGGAGAGUUCAUGAUAUGGAAUGCCUGUAUCAGCAAAUGUUGCACAAGAAUGUUGAACCUAGCAGUAGCAUAUAUGGCACCAUGGUCGAUACCUAUGCGAGAUGUGAAAAUGAAUCAAAGGUAGCAUCUCUGAAGAAGGAAAUGUCAGAGAAAGGAAUAGCCUUUGAUGACACGGAAAGAACUAACCAUGAGCUAGAUAGGAUAAUAGCAAGUCCAAUUUGA